GCUGGAAGCCAACAAUUUGGUUGUCACUACACUUGCCAAGCUGUCUAGUGCCCGCCAUGGAGGGGUGGUUAAGCUUGUGUCUAAUGGCCCUAGCGAUGCUAAUGGCCCUUUGCUUUCUCAGGCUCUCCGGCUACAAGAACAAUCCCAAGAAGCGGCUGCCCCCUGGGCCAUGGACGCUCCCGAUCAUCGGCAGCCUCCAUCACCUCAUCGGCGCCCUCCCACACCGCACUUUGACGGCGCUGUCUCGCCGGCAUGGGCCACUGAUGCUCCUGAGGCUGGGCGAGGUCCAAACCGUGGUGGUCUCUAGCGCCGAGGCAGUGGCUCUGGUGAUGAAGACCAACGACCUCACGUUCUCCAGCCGGCCAAGCAUCCCAACCAUGGACAUCUUGACCUGCGGCGGCAAGGGCUUCGCCUUCGCCCCCUACGGCGACCACUGGCGCCAGAUGCGCAAGGUGUGCAUCGUGGAGCUCCUGAGCUCCAAGCAGGUGAAGCGGAUGGAGGGCAUCAGGGCCGAGCUCGUCGGCGGCCUCAUCCGCCACAUCACCCACACCGCGGCCUCGGCCACCGGCGGAGCCGCCGGAGGCGCCAUCAUCAACGUCAGUGAGAAGGUCACCAGGCUCAGCAACGACGUCGUGUCGCGGGCUGUUCUGGGGGGGAAGUUCGCGCAGCAGGGGGAGUACAUCCGGACGCUGUACGACGCGCUGGCGCUGCUGGGCGGCUUCCACCUGAUCGACUUCUUCCCCUCGUGGCGCUUGGUCCGGUGGCUGAGCAAUGAAGAGCGCAACAUGAAGAAGAGAUACGGCCGCGUCCAGCACAUCAUCGCCGACAUCGUCGAGGCGCGCCGCGAGGCAACGAAAGCUGCCGGCGGCGGCGGCGGCGCCUCCUGCGGCAGCACCAACGACGAUGACAUGCUGGACGUGCUGCUCAGACUGCAGCAGGAGGACACGCUUUCGUUUCCUCUAACCUCUGAGAUUAUCGGCGCCGUCUUGUUUGACAUUUUAGGAGCUGCCACGGAGACCACAGGAAUACUUUUGGUGUGGGCUAUGUCAGAGCUCGCCCGUCAUCCUGAAGCUAUGGCCAAGGCGCAGCUUGAGGUCCGUAAGGUGCUAGGUGAAGAUCACCGAGCUGUUAUUACCAACAGUGACCUUGCUGAACUCCACUACGUGAGGAUGGUCAUCAAGGAAGUUCUUAGGUUGCACCCACCCAAUCCUAUAAUCCUCCGGAUGAACCGAGAGGACUGUAAAAUUAUGGAUUAUGACAUCCCAAAAGGCACCAGUGUAUACGUUAACAUCUUUGCAGUUUCCAGGGAUCCAGAGCACUGGGAAAAUCCUGAACGGUUCAGGCCUGAAAGGUUUGAGAACAGCAAAAUGGAUUACACCGGGACAUACUCUGAAUUCACUCCCUUCGGGACUGGGCGACGGCAAUGCCCCGGGAUUCAGUUCAGCUCAUCACUCGCGGAGCUCGCACUGGCAAACUUUCUGUAUCACUUUGACUGGAUGCUUCCUGAUGGGGAAACCCCAGCUUCGUUUGACAUGUCCGAGAAAUUUACGUUCACUGUAAGCAGAAGGUAUGACCUGCAUCUCAGAGCCAUUCCACACGUGUGCUUGAAAUCUAUGCCGUCAAAGUGAUCGAUACAGAAAGCAGUAGCUUGUAUUCAUACGUGGCAAUGUAUGUUCAUAUACAUGAACCUUCAGCAUAGAUGUUACGAUUACUGUAUUGUAUGGUUGUACCUUUAUGCUCAUCGCCCUUAUCGUGGUAUUGUGCUACCA